GCUUCGAGCCGCCUUCUUUCCGGCUAGUCGCCAUCUUGUUGUUGAUUUGAACAGAAUUGGAGCUGGUGAGGGGAGCUAGGACCGGGGAGGAGAGAGCCGCGGGCAGCGGCCCCCCAAAUCCCUGCCCGGGAAAACCGCCGUGGGAGGCAGCUGGAAAGUAAAGUGGAGCAGUUCUCCAGUUUGUGAUUUCAGCAAAUAUGGCAGCCCCCUCAUAGACAGAUUCCUGGAGUGAUUCCAGUGUGAGAGAUUUGCCAUCCACUGUUCUUUGCUCUGCAGUGCUGUUCCCAGGCCCCCAAGCCCUUCCCCAUGCCCCCACCGAGCAUCGGGCGUCCAACGCAAUGUGUGUUUGUCAAACCAUGGAAGUGGGGAAGUGCAUCAAGAACACAGUGUGUGACAGGGGCCGGGGGGUCCUGCUGGAGCCAUUUAUCCAUCAGGUGGGGGGGCACAGCAGUAUGAUGCGCUAUGAUGACCACACUGUGUGUAAGCCCCUCAUCUCCAGGGAGCAGCGUUUUUAUGAGUCCCUGCCACCCGAAAUGAAAGAAUUCACCCCAGAAUACAAAGGAGUGGUGUCUGUCUGUUUUGAAGGCGACAGCGACGGUUACAUUAACCUGGUGGCAUAUCCCUAUGUGGAGAAUGAAGCUGUGGACCAGGAAGAAGCUUUUGAGAGGGAGCAUCCAAGACGCAAACACUCCCGAAGAAGCUUACACCGCACAAGUAGCACUGCAAGCAGUUCUGACCAUAAGGAUGAAUGGCCACUGCUAACCGGGGAAAACACAGAGAGUGUACCAGAGAUGAAGAGCCCAAAGUUGGAGCUACUCAUGCAGUCAGAUGUUCCUUUUCAGAUGCUGGACAGCAACAAUGAAAUUAGCUCAGAAAGAAUAAGCUACAACCCUUGGAGCUUGCGCUGUCACAAGCAGCAACUCAACCGCAUGCGCUCGGAGUCCAAGGAUCGCAAAUUGUACAAGUUCCUUCUUCUGGAGAAUGUGGUACACCAUUUUGAGAUUCCCUGUGUUCUGGAUCUUAAAAUGGGCACACGACAACAUGGGGAUGAUGCCUCAGAGGAGAAGGCAGCCCGGCAGAUGAAGAAAUGUGAACAGAGCACAUCAGCCACACUUGGUGUGAGAGUAUGCGGCAUGCAGGUCUUUCAUGUGGACACGGGGCACUACCUUUGUUUAAACAAGUACUAUGGGAGAGAACUGAGUGCAGAAGGUUUCCGGCAGGCCCUGUUCCAGUAUCUUUACAACGGUGUUCGCCUGCGUGUUGAUCUGUUUGAACCCAUCCUUAGCAACCUGAGGCACCUUAAAUGUGUCCUGGAAAGCCAAGCCUCUUAUCGCUUUUAUUCUAGCUCCCUUCUAAUUAUUUAUAAUGGGAGAGACUAUCCAGCAACCAAUGUAGCUGAUCCAUUGGCCCAGGAACGCGCACCCAAAGUAGAUGUACGCAUGAUUGACUUUGCCCACAGCACCUAUAAGGGCUUCCGUGAUGACCCCACAGUGCAUGAUGGGCCAGACAAAGGCUAUGUUUUGGGCUUGCGCAGCCUUAUCAAUAUCUUGGAGCUUAUUCGAGAUGAGAGCCAAUAAUCUUUAUUAUAGCAAACAAAUGACCUGGUCCUGCUUAGCCAUUUCACCUGAUGCGAGUCACACAAAUACAAGGAGGUAACGGCACUCAUGUUUUUCCCUUCCUUGUAUAAACCAAAUUAUGCUGAAAUCCAUUAUAUUCUGCAAGUGAACUUUUUUCCUUGAUUAUGAGCUUUUUUUUGUCUGCUAAAAAUGGGAAUUGUUGCCCUACUGCUUGCCAAGGUAUGCAAAGAACUGUUCCAGCGCAGGCGUUUGUCGCAUAAUAAACGUGGAAAAGUGCACGUGAGAUACAGUUUCAAUGGCUCUUGGGGCGAGAAUUGUAUACAAAUUCCUGCAAACCUGCUUUGCUCUGAAAUGCAAAAAUACAGCUCUUUUUACACAGAAAACUGUCAUUUCUCAGGCCUUUUGUUCUUGCUGCCAUGCUUGGGACUGGACAAUAGCAAUUUUCCCAAGAAAUCCGUCCUUUUGGCUGAGAACAUAGAAGUGCAAUGCAACGAAAAUAUGGACCCUUUUAGAGACCUUCGGACUUAUGGCUUUCAGCCACAUCAGUGUACAUAUUUCUAUAUUCCUAUAUAUAUAUAGACACAAAUAUAUCAGAUUGAAUCUAUAUAGAGCUAUAUUAUUCACGCUUAUCUGUGUGUAAUGCCAGCCUUCUCUCUUCAGAAGGGUUGAUUGGCUGAUAUUUUUUUAAAGUUAACACAAGUGUUUUUGUGACCUGGUUUACAAGACAAUGAGUGAAAGCUUGUUUCCCAAACUGAAUCACACCGAGCUGUAUUCAACCCAUUGCAUACUGCAGGCUGGUGUGCUUCUGAACAAUAUUUAAGCCACUAUCCUAGGUAAGUAAUGUAACGGGAGGCUCCUACCAACUCUAAACGAUACCAGCUGCUAAAAGGCUAGAAUCACAAUAGAUCUACACUAGCAAAAAAUCAGGUGCUGAUUCCAAUCCCUUUUGGUGGCAGAGGGCAAAGAAAACUAUAAAUAAAAAAUACUAGAUAGAUGUUUUUGAAGAUCCGAUUAUAAUAAAUAAAAGGCCGUCCCACUGACAUGGAAAUUCCCUGAAAAUGCAUUCUUUGUCAUAGUCGUAGCACUUGCUUCUUGUAUUACUUCCCAAUGAUUAUAAUUGCAACAAGUUACUUGGCUUUUGCUGUGUUUUUUUUUUUUUCUGACCCCCAGAAAAGUAGUAGAGCUCAAAAUACUGGAGCAUCGCCCUAUGAGAUUUUACCUCGUUGAAAGUAUGAUGUGCCAGGGAAAUGUAUUUGGUCUGGGAUAUCUUGUGGAAGGCAUUAGGAACAUGUCACACCUGAAGAUCGGAUUUGCUUUUAAGAGUCAUCGCACACAGAGCUACUUUGGGCACUUUAAGGGCCAUGUUUUAAGUAGCCUGAAAACACAGCACUAGAAAAGUCACUUAUAUAUAAUGUAAUAGUUCUCUUCUCAGUACAUUUGCAGUAUUUAAUGUUCUUUCUUGAUAUUGGCAGCUUUUACACAAAGAGUCACAUGGCUAUUUGUACAAUACCCCAUAAAAGUUUUGCACACUACAUGGGGCAUUGCAAAUGCCUUCAUGACUUCAGUGGUGUCUUGGGGGAAACCUCCAGUAGUCAAAAUAGCCUAACUCUCCCUCUUCUAGUGAAACUGAAAAAGGCUGGUCAGACCCUGCCCACAAGUGAUUGCCACUAGAAACAGCAGUACACCUUUCAUAUAAACGGACUUAUUUGUUCACAUCAUAAUAGCUUGCCCUUUAUUCAGCAGUACAUAAUAAUAACCCUGAAGAAUUGGGAUUAAACAUUAGUGGGGUUAUGAAAUUAAAGGCACUAAAUUUGCCCAGGUACACUAACCUAUAGCAACCAAUCAGCAGGUAGCAUUUACUUGUCACACAAACAUCUUAUUGGUUACUGCUCCUGGGCAAAUUUAGUGCCUUAUAUUAUAUAACCCCCUAUAUCUUAUUGCAUUGUAACUGCCAGAUUUUCAUCUGUCAAUCUGAAAUGACCAGCCUUCUUUGGGCACUUGAGUUGUAACAAAUUUAUCCUAUGGUACCUUGGCUGUGCAUCUCGGGAAAGAAUUUGUUGCUAGUAUCCGCCACCGUGUGCUGCGAUUCUUUUCUAGAAAUGUCUUUAUUGAAACCAAAGGAGGUAAAGAGACCUGUGCGUUUGUUCGUGGGAAACAUGCAAUAUUUGGGCUCCUUUGUGGCGAAAGGGGCAGAGAAUACAGAGUAACAAGGCCGAGCUGACAUAUAGUGGAUAAUGUACCUCCUACUGUAAUUUAUAAGUAUUUUAGAAGUCACCAAGGCACAUCUAUAAUACUGUAGAAGUGUGCUGUUUAUAUAGU